UUAUAAUAAAUUUAUAAAGAUGCCAAGAAGAGGCGGAGGAGGAUCAAGAUCAGGAGGCUUCGGAAGAUCUGGAGCAGGAAGAUCUAGUGGAGGAAUGUUCGGUAGAUCAUCAAGAGCUGCACCAAGACCACCCCCAAGAGCUGCCCCUAGAGCUGCACCACAGAAAUCAGGUGGACUCUUUGGAGGUUCUGGAGGACUUGGAGCCACCAUGGCUCAAGGUGCUGCUUUUGGAGUAGGAAGUGGAGUCGCCCAUGCUGCUGUUAACUCUGUGAUGGGAGGAGGAAGAAGCCACGGUGGUGGUGAAUCUGGAGCAAUGGGCCCAGGUGCAGAAUCAGCUGGUCCAGCUGCUCACUCAGCUGGUUCAGAAUCCUACUAUGAAGCACCACAAGAAAACCCAUGUCAAUCAUUCAAUGAUAUGUUCUUAAAGUGCUUGCAAUCAACCCCAGACAACAUUGGAGUCUGUCAAAAUCAUAUGGACUCUGUAGUCGCUUGCGAAAGAGAUAAUGCCAAUAUUGUAUAA